CUGGUGAUGAGCUGCAGUCAAGGCCUUUUCAAUAAGCUGAUGGACACACUGCUAGAAGAACUGGCAAAAAAUUCUUCAACAUCCACCACGAGAACAUACAUCCAGUGCAUAGGAACUAUAAGUCGGCAGGCAGGACACCGCAUGGGCGACCACUUGGAGCGCCUGAUGCCCCUGAUGGUGGAGUACUGCCGAGUGGAAGAUGAUGAACUGCGGGAACAUUGCCUGCAGGGCUUCGAGAGCUUGCUUCGUCGCUGCCCCAAGGAACUGGCACCCCACGUGCCCACAAUAAUGAAGAUUUGCCUGGAGUAUAUCUGCUAUGACCCCAACUACAACUAUGAUGAUGAGGAUGAUGAGAAUUCUAUGGACAUGGACAGAGAUUCUGGCGGGGAGAGUGAAGAUGAAUAUAGUGAUGAUGAUGACAUGAGCUGGAAAGUACGUCGGGCUGCAGCGAAAUGCCUGGAGGCAGUCAUUGCCACCAGGCACGAAAUGCUCUCAGAAUUCUACCGUGUAGUUUCACCUGCAUUGAUUGCACGCUUCAAAGAGCGAGAAGAGAAUGUGAAAGUGGACAUACUGCAAGCCUACAUUGCACUGUUGCGGCAGACUCGACCACUCGUCACCCCAUGUGUUGGCGGCCCCCUCAGUGGUGACGACCCACGCACCCUGGUUGCGGCCCAAGUGGGACCUCUGGUGAGGGGCCUUCAGAGGCCCCUGCGUGAGCGUGCCCUGAAGACCCGCCAGGGUUGCUUGGCGCUACUGACGGAGCUGCUGCUGCUGCUGCCUGGUGCUCUGGCCGACUAUCUUCCAGCACUGCUACCUGGUUUACACUUCUCGCUGAGUGACCGAGCAUCCAGUUCCAACAUGAAGAUUGACACCCUUGCCUUCCUGGGGUGUCUGCUUUCGCACCACAGUCCCCAGGUGUUCCACCCGCACAUCGAAACACUGCUGCCUGUGAGUACUAGUGCUGGGAAACAUUGGUGUACCACUGGCUGCUGAGCUGAUGU